UCCGCCACUGCCGCCCCGCGGAACCGGAAGCCGCGCCGGAAGCGGAAGUGACGCUCGGUUUCCGUGAAGCGGCCAAGAUGGCGACGGUGGAGGAGGUGACAGAGCUGCCGGUGUUGCCCGAUUCCGUGUUGCUGAGGGUUUUGGAGCUGCUGCCGCUGCGGGAUCGGCUGCGGGCGGCGAGGGUCUGCCGGCGGUGGCAGCGGCUGGCGCUGGACCGGGCGGUUUGGAGAGAUGUGGAUCUGAGUCCGCACCGGCUCACCUCCCAGACCCUGUGGCACCUGGUGCGGCGGCGGCUGCGCGACAGCCUGCGGACGCUGCGGCUGCGGGGCGCGCUGGGCUCCGGCGGCAAGCGACGGCUCCUCUCCCCGCCGCUGCUGGCCGCUCUCGGGGAACGCUGUCCCCACCUCGGCCGCCUGGCCCUGGCAGACGCCGACCUCCGCCCCCUCCCCUACGACACCAUCCCUGCUUCCCUCACCGCCCUGGAGCUGACUCGCUGCGAAAUCCCUGCCGCUUGGUUCCGUGCCUCCUCCGCGAGGGCCCCGCCCCGGCUGCAGCACCUCGUUAUCCGCAACGUCCCCGCCUUUUCCGAUCGCCAUUUGCUCAACGUCUCCUCCCUGAACCCCCUGAAGACGCUGAGCCUUUGUGGCACCUACCGCGUCACAGAUACGGGGAUCCAGAGAGCAUCUCCCCACCUGGAAGCCCUGGAGCACCUCGUGCUGCGCCACUGCGUCAUCGGUGACUCCGCCGCAGAUUUCCUCGGGCGCCACGCGAAGCGGCUCCGGAUCCUGGAGAUCGGCGACGCUUGUUCCCUGACGGACGCCGGCCUGGCUUCUUUAGCAACCCUGCAGCUCCUGGAGUCGCUGUGCCUUGAUCUCGGCUAUCAGAUUUCCCCUGGUGCUGUUAUCGCUUUGUGCCGAGCGCUGCCCCAGCUGAGGAACCUCAGAUUAGGCGGGGCUCACUUGGAAGAUGAAGUAAUGGGUGAAAUUCAGGCGAGUUUGCCUCGCUGUAGCUGUUCACCUGCUCCUUGACACCCUGCCUGAAGCAGCGUGGCUUUUGCUGUUCAUUUUUACACUUGAAGUGCUCCUUUUUGGGUAAAGCCUGUUUUUCUGCGAGCUGCUGUGUGUAUUUUAGAGACAGAAUUUCCACGGGGGCUAAAAUGGCAAGUGUGGCAUGUAAAAUGGUUUGUCAGGAGCUUGGGUUUGGUAGGAUCCCCCCCUUUUCUGUGGAUUGGGGGUACAGGAAAGCCAGGGAGCACGCAGCUUUUGAGUCCCCUGCUGCUGAGCUGACCAAAGACUGGCUGAGGUUACGAGUUUAACCUCUGUCCGCUCCUCUUCCCCUCCACUAAACAUCCAGCAGCAGCUCAACGAGUGCAGAAUUUGAGGAGCGAAGUGAGGCACCCUCCUGCCACCCAAAAAAAAAAAAAAAAAAAAAAAUCUGGCAGCCCAAACUCCCAGACUCCCAGUUAAUAUCCAACUCCGAUUGCUUAACCGCCCUGCACGUACUCUCCAAACUCCGCCAGGGACAAAAUACCUCAAGCGACACGUGCCGGAGCUGCUGGAUUUUUGGAAGACCUCAGGUGACCCCCCAGACAGCGGGCGUUUUCAAGCCCAGGAUGUCGUUUUACUUCUACUUUCCUUCAAAUUCAGUUCGUCAAGUUUACUUCUCAGAAAGGUUUUGGUCACGGGGCUUCCUGAACGCCCGGUCCCAAGAGCCACAGGGCCCGUUUGCGCGGCCGCCGGGCUGGCACGUGCUCCUGGGCAUCGCCGGGGGCUGCUGUUACCUCUGGGUUUGGCUGGGAGCAGCCACGUUUCCUCGUCACCUUUUAUUGUCCUCAUUCCCCUCCGCCCCACCAUGUCGUAACGCCCGAUAACAGACCCUGAGCCUUGUGACAUCGCUGUUGUUGGGUCAGCCAAAGAUGUUUUUUAAUCAAAUAUUGUAUUUAGUAAAUAAAAAAUACCUUUGAUUCA